CAGGUGCGCAUCCCUCAGCAGGUGCGCUCAUGUCGUCACUGCCUAGUUACGACUGCCAGGAAGAAAAAGAUUUCCUAACUUAGUUACCAUGCCGCUCUGACACGGUGUUGCUCGUUUUAAACGCGAUUUUAGCUGUUUGCAAAACAGUUUUAAGACUAGGCCUAACAUUACUUUAAGCAACGGAAGUUGUGUUUUAGAAGUUAAGGAAGAUACAGGUGGAGGUUCUGGUGGAGAAUGGGUAAAAAACAGGAAACAAAGCCGGACUCCGAAUAUGGAGAACCUGCUGAGUUUGACCCAGCAUUCAAUGGACCAAUUAAGAAAAGGGGGUGCACUGAUAUAUUAUGCUGUAUCCUGUUCAUGGCAGUCAUCCUCGGCUACAUAGUAGUCGGGAUUUUAGCUUGGCUUUUCGGGGAUCCUAGACAUGUUCUUUAUCCAAGAAACUCAACUGGAUGGUUCUGUGGCAUUGGACCAAAUAAAGGCCAACCCAACUUGCUCUACUUUGACAUUCUCAAAUGUGCCACAUCUAUUAACGUUAUGGCAACUGCUCUCAAUGGUUUUCAGUGUCCAACCACACAGGUGUGCGUGGACAGCUGUCCCACUCAGUUCUGGGCUGUGGGAAUACAGGCAUAUUUGCCAAACGUAAAGCCAAAAGACGUUUUCAAUCAAAGCCUCUGUGCGCCAUCCAUAAACCUGAUGAAUACUUGGCUGACUGUUCAAGAAAUUGUGGACAAGGAGCUGUGUCCUUUCUUCUAUAUACCCACGAUCCCUGUGCUGGGGAGAUGUUUGCCCGAUAUCUCAGCGCUGGGGAGCAUCCCUCCACAAUUCUCCAAUAUUCCAGGUUUACCCUCCUCAGUCAAUGACACAGUCGGCAUAAUCAAGAACGGUACUGGGGAUAUUGUGAAUGGCUUCAAUGCCAGAGAGAUUGGCGUCCGCAUCUUUGAGGAUUUUGCGUCGUCAUGGCCAUGGAUCCUCCUUGGUCUGCUAAUAGCCAUGGUGGUCAGUAUGCUGUUCCUGUUGCUGUUGAGAUUCACUGCUCCAGUCAUGGUGUGGGUGCUCAUCAUAGGAGUCCUGGGCGCUGGGGCAUAUGGUAUAUGGCACUGCUACUGGGAGUAUGCCAACUACAAGCAAGCCAAUGCUACCAUCUCUAACAUUGGCUUCACCACUAACUUCGCGGUUUACCUGCAAGUCCAAGAGACCUGGCUGGCGUUCUUGAUUAUCAUAUCUGUGGUGGAGGCGAUCCUUCUCCUGACCCUCAUCUUCCUGCGUACUAGAAUCCUCAUAGCCAUCGCCCUCAUCCAGGAGUCCAGCAAGGCAAUCAGCCACAUGAUGUCCACCCUGCUGUACCCUGUGGUCACCUUUGUUCUCCUGCUGGUGUGUGUUGCUUACUGGGGCGCCACUGCUUUAUAUUUGGCCACUUCAGGAGGCCCGAUCUACAAAGUGGUGGCUCUCAACUCCACUUUGAGUGACUGUAAGAUGAUCAAUGGCACUGUGGACUGUGACCCUCAGAACUUCACCUCGUCCGAUUACCCAGGCUGCCCCUCAGCCAGCUGCAUCUUCAUCAAAUACAACAACGAGGGUCUCUUCCAGAGGAACCUCUUCAACCUGCAGAUCUACAACGUGGUGGCUUUUCUCUGGUGUGUCAACUUCGUCAUCGCCUUGGGGCAGUGUACGCUGGCCGGUGCCUUUUCCUCCUACUACUGGGCCUUCACCAAACCAGCUGACAUCCCCAUGUUUCCCGUGUGUGGUAGCUUUAUACGCUCACUCAGGUACCAUGUGGGCUCCUUGGCAUUUGGUGCUUUGAUCCUGACCCUGGUGCAGAUAGUAAGGAUGAUUCUGGAGUACAUUGACCACAAAACAAAAGCGGCGCAGAAUCCAUGUGCACGUUUCAUAUUGUGCUGCCUGAAGUGCUGCCUCUGGUGUCUGGAGAAGUUCAUCAAGUUCAUCAAUAGGAACGCUUACAUCAUGAUUGCCAUUUAUGGGAAAAACUUUUGCGUCUCAGCCAAAAAUGCUUUCUCCCUGCUCAUGAGAAAUGUUGUGAGGGUCGUGGUGCUUGAUAAAGUGACAGACCUGCUGCUGCUCUUCGGGAAGCUGCUGGUGGUCGCAGGAGUAGGCGUAUUGUCCUUCUUCUUCUUCUCUGGACGAAUAGUGCUACCAGGCAAUACCUUCAACUCGGAAACCCUCAACUACUACUGGAUGCCAAUUAUUACGGUGGUGUUUGGUAGCUACCUCAUAGCUCACGGAUUCUUCAGUGUGUACAACAUGUGUGUCGAUACACUCUUCCUCUGCUUCUUGGAGGACUUGGAGCGGAACGAUGGAUCUUUACAGAAGCCAUACUUUAUGUCCAAAAACCUCAUGAAGAUCCUCAACAAAUCCAACAAAGCACAAAAAAAGGGUAAAGACAAAGACUGAAGAACAUUUUCCCACCGUGGUCAUUAUCCCAAGUUCUUUAUUUAUUUAUUUUACAUUACAUUUUAACACUCCAUUGUUUUCCAAAAAAGUUAACCAAAACUAAUUUGCACUUUUAAAUAAUUGUUUUAUUGUGUUUAUGAGCAUAUGUAGUAUUAAUGACUGUACACAUAAAAAGACUGAGUGUGUCAAUGCAGGUAAUGUUAUGUUAAAUGUUAAGUUGCAAGGUUUGUUAAAACAAUCUUUGAUUUGGCUUUUGAUCUUGAUUUGACUCAAAGUCCCAAAACAUUUUCUUCUAUUAUUUUAAAGAAUAUUGGUUUCUGUUCAGACGACUUAACAUUAACACUGCACACUUGGGACGUUUUAGACUGUGUCCGUUAAUCCAGUUUAGCAGCUUUCAUGCGGGUAAGAUUUAGUUUUGUUCUACUUUUGGCUGAGAAUCUUUUAUAGAGGACUUAUAGGAAGGAUGUGAUUUCUUCAGAUGGAACUAAACAAAUUGUAACAAUUGCAAAAAAAGAUUCUUAAAUCGUGCUAUAUUUUCAAAUAUUUGUAAAAAUAUAAAUACAAUACAAAUACAAAACAUUUUCAUGACCACAUUAUUGCUUAUAUUGAAUAUAAUGUAAAAGUUGUAAAUAUGACUGUACAUGACCCAGCGGUCAACUACUGUGUUUGGCUGCCAGCAACCUACAUUUAAACCCUUUGACUGUUUCUCCUUAUGACAGACAUAUUGGUGGAUAUUUUCUAAUCUUUGGUAUCUUGUUUAUUAGAUUAUCCAUUUCAAAACGAAAACAAGAAAACGCUUGUUCUAAAGCCUACGAAUUGUUUCCCAGGUUGAAUUAAAUAAUGUAAUGAACGGAU